AUGGACAGCGCAUCGAUCCAACUCGCAUCACCGCCUCCCCCAUGCUCUAUCCUAGAAGUCACCUUUCCCGCGCCCUUCGUGAUGCUUGUCACAAUCAACCGGGAGAAGCAGAUGAAUUCCAUCCCAAUGGCCGGUCACUGGGAAGGCGACGCCCUCUGGAACUGGUACGACGGGGAACCCCAGCUCCGUGUCGCAGUUCUUACUGGCAAGGGGAAGAAGUCCUUUUGCGCCGGCGCGGAUCUCAUGGAGCAGAACAUGAACAAAAACAAGCCGAAGGAUCCUGCCUCGCAAAGGAUGCCUGCUGGUAGUUUCCUCGGAGUUAGUCGUCGCCUCGGGAAGAAGCCGAUUAUUGCUGCUGUAAAUGGUUACGCUUUUGGGGGAGGUUUCGAGAUCUCUCUGAAUUGCGACAUGGUCAUCGCCUCUCCUACGGCGAGCUUCUCACUCCCCGAAGCCAAACGAGGACUUUACGCCGGCGCCGGUGGCCUCCCACGCAUCGUAAGGACGUUCGGCCUCCAACUCGGCACCGAAAUGGCGCUUACCGGCCGAACAUACGCCGCCACCGAACUGCAGAAAUACGGAUUUUGCAGAGUCGCCUCUUCGCAGGAGACUCUGAUGGAUGAGGCACUGGCGCUUGCCGAGGAAAUUGCCAGCUUGUCGCCUGACGCCGUCAUCGUAAGCCGUGCAGGUGUGAGAGAGGCGUGGGAGACUGGUAGCGUUGAGCGGGCUGCCCAGAAAACGCAAGAGAAAUAUGCUCAAAAGUUGUUGGAGGGCGAGAACAUGCGGAUAGGCCUGGAGGCAUUUGCUAAGAAGCAGAAGCCUAAGUGGGUUCCAUCGAAGUUGUAA